AGGGGCAAGGCCAGCAGGGACAGCACGCCAGUCACCACGGUGGCAGCCCAAGACUCAGUCUGGGUUGGACCCGGAGGAGGUGAAAGUUCGCUGCCCUGCACCGAGACCGCUCAACAGAUUGCGAGGAGCGCGGCUGGCCAAGCUGCAACUUACGCUCAAACGGCUGCGGCCUGGCGGCGUAGCGGGGCCGGGGGUGAAAUUCAGCCUGGGCGACUUAAGGAGCAAGUCCUUUGCGGACGGAGAGAGCCCCCUCUCGCUCCUUGGCGGUGGGAAGCGGGACGGAGUGUGCAGAGGCCCAAACUAAGGGCCAGUCCAGAGCCGCCGCCGCCACGUCCAGUCUGGGUCCCAAGGAAGUGGAGGCGGUGCGGUGCAGGGGCGCAUCGUCUGAGCCCGGGAUGGCUCGUACAGUUUCCACUGUUGGUGUACUGCUUCUUCUGUUUGGCCUUCUGCUUCCCACAGCCGAGGGGCAAAAGAGGAAUAGUGGAUCACAAGGAGCCAUUCCUCCACCUGACAAAGAUCAGCCCAAUGAUUCAGAACAGACGCAGCAGCCGCCACCGCCACCAAAGCCAGGCUCUAGAUCCAGUGGCAGGGAGAAAGUCAAAACUCCAUCUGCUGAAGAGGUGUUGGAGUCAAGCCAAGAGGCUUUGCAUGUCACAGAGCGAAAAUAUCUGAAAAGAGACUGGUGCAAAACGCAGCCACUCAAGCAAACCAUCCACGAGGAAGGCUGCACCAGUCACACCAUCAUUAACCGAUUCUGUUAUGGUCAGUGCAAUUCCUUUUACAUUCCAAGGCAUGUCCGCAAAGAGGAAGGUUCCUUUCAAUCCUGCUCCUUUUGCAAACCAAAGAAGUUCACCACCAUGUCAGUCACACUGAACUGCCCAGAGCUUCAGCCCCCAAGGAAGAAAAAGAGGAUCACACGGGUUAAAGAGUGCCGCUGUAUAUCCAUAGACUUGGACUAGGGUACAUCAUUGAGGACACACCAGGCUUUUGUUGUCAUUGGCUCCUUGACAGCAAAUGCCUGGACCUGCUAGAAGUAUAGCAGGGGACAAGCGCCAAAGAGAACCACAGCAAACGACAUACAUUAUGUGCAAGUGUGAACUUAGAUGUCAGUACAAUAGUAUGCAUAUGGAGUUGCACUGCCAUUUGGUGUGCAAAUUGUCACUUAUACCUGUAACCUUGUCCCUAGGUUCAGUUUCUCACUAACUCACCUGUGUGCUGGAGUUCCUGCACCUCUGGCUUCCAUCUUUCACUGCAAGCUAUGCCACUGACUUCCAGGAUGAUCAAUAUCCAUUGUAACUGGAGGGACAUCAAUGAGUUCUAAAUAUGGAGUUGUUUGCUACAGACAAUGUUACAAUGGACACAAUAGACAAUUAUAGAUGUGCCCACUGCAGAAUGUAAUUGGUUCUAAUAUAUUUAAUACAUGGUGCAAUUAAGAUUGAAAGGAAGGAAGCUUGAGCAAGAGCAACAUUGUUUUGCUGGAAAACAGAGCCACAGCCUAGAGUUAGAAAGAAGAGGAACUUAAAAGGGUAAUGGACUAGGGAGAGAAAACAUGAAGUAGAAAGAAGAGGAUAAAGAGAAGACAAUGUGUAUGUUGACUCCACUGAUGCUGUGAAUGUAUCUUGAGACACUUCUGAACACAUGGCACCCACCUUAGCAAGGCUGCUACAUUAUUUGCAUUAACUGCAGUCUCUAAUUCAGUUCCAUCAUUUUGCUCUUUAUUAUAGUGAUGUCCUAACCCUGUAACAUUUUGUGUACAUUGGUGAAUGUAUAUGCAUGUGAACACCUUCUUUGUCUCUCUGUGCCAUCCCAUACUAUCACCUCACAAAGAAGAAAGCAAACAGGAAGCAGGAUGAUGUAACCUUAAAUGCACAUUCCUUCAUUUCCUAUAUGAAGGAUAUUCUUUGCAACUUGUAAAGGGGGGAUUGGUGUUGUUGGUUCAAUCAGAGAUAAGCAGCAUGUCUAAUGUGGGGCAGGGAGAAGAAGUGUAUGGUAUAUGCUUGCUAACACCUAUUUUUGUAAAAAAAAUACUAGAAACGUGAAUUUACUAAGUUAAGAUGGUGUGUGUGGGAGGGGCUAAGCAGGUCCCCUCACACCCAAGCCUCAUUGAUGUGAAUAGUGUACACUGUUCUUGCAGUGCACUGUAGGAACAAUAUCUGGUGAACCAAUCUCCUGGAUGGUGGUUAAAAGAAAGGCAGACACAUCUACAGUGAGCAAUGCCACUUCUUCAACUUUCUUGUUUGUGCAAGUGAAAAAGCCCUGUUGCUUCUGCUUUUCUGUUCAAUUUCAUUCACCAAAUACCGUGGGGGGACAUGCAGUUUUCCGUCAAGGUAUAAAAGGGAGCAUAGCUUAGAGGAGGCAUGCCUAUAGACUCUAUCUCAAUAAUGCAUUUUGUUUUAAGCUUCCUAUUUAAAAUAAGGUUCCAUACACAUGGUAGGAGCAAGGUUUAAUUUUAUUCCACAUGUAGGAUCAAUUUGGAGUGAUUAAAUUCUAUCUAAACUAGA